AAAAAUAUGUGUAAUUACGUUUCAGUAAUUUUAAGUCAAAACAUAAAACAUUGGAUAUAGUCCAAUUAAAUCAUAGUUACUGGUGAGAUGAGAAGGGGAAGAGUUGCAGGAAUUCAACAUGAGGACCGCCUGGAUCUUCUGCAUUAUUUUCUUUAUACUUAACCAUCCAUUGGAUUUAGUAGAAUCAUCGAUAUUAGAUUCUAACGAGCUGAGUCUGUAUCUAUCUGAAAUAUCAAGAGAAAGACUUGGAGUCAAUGCAAUGCAGUAUCAUCUCGACAAGAAUGUGAAAUUCUUGAAAAGAUUUGUGAACUUUGAGGCUGAUUUAAACCAGCUCUCUUCUUCUCUGGACACCAAAUUCAAUAGUUACAUAAAUGCAGCUCGUAAACUUGAGGAUGCCAUUGAGAGAAAUUAUGGAGAUUUUACUAAAAGUCCUACCCAACAGGAAUGUUGUCACAGCAGACCGCGAGAACGGGACGAACGAUUUAAAGCUAAGGUCGACUUGGGUGACGCCUGUAUUCAGAUAUCAGAGACAGCACCACAUCGUAACCAACGCGAGUACUUUCACAAAGGACUUGCUGAGGUCAUGAAGGAAAAUAUGAAAAACCUACCGAGCCUCAAAUGGCAGUACGUUGGCACCGAACAAGGCAUAACGAUUACGUACCCAAUGGCAGCUAUGGGCACGUGUAGCGACUAUGACAACCGGUUUAGACCAUGGUAUGUUGAGUCCGCCACACCCGAACCCAAGGAUGUUGUUAUAGUUAUAGAUAAAUCGGGAUCGAUGUCUCAUACAGUGUCACAUAGUCGGUCUAUGUCAAGAUUAGAUGUUGCUAAAGAUGCUGCAAAUUCUGUCCUCGAUACACUUAACCCAUCUGAUCGGGUUGCAGUCGUUGGGUUUAAUCAAGGGACGUUAGUAGCGCCUGGAGACCACAAGAAAAGUCUCUGCUUUGGUAAUCAACUGGCUCUAGCAAUUCCACAGAACAAAGCAAUCCUAAAAAAGAAUGUUGAUGGUUUUCAUGCCGCUGGUGGAACUACAUAUGCCAGUGCACUAAAAGUAGCUUUCUCGCUGUUUAAAAACAGUGCUGAUUUUGAGACAAAUUCAACGAAAAAGAGAAGCAAAGCAAUUUUAUUUCUCACUGACGGUGAACCAACUGAUGCUGCGACAAAAGAUAUAUUCACAACAAUUGAAAAUGAAAAUAAAAUGAUAUCAAAUGAAAUAGUGAUACUUACAUACGGGAUAGGUGGAGCGGCUGCACUUAAUGAAGCCAUUUUAUCAAAGAUGGCUAAAAUGACAUCAUUAAAUGGUAGGGUUGGUGAAUAUACACGUGUGGGUAAUAUAAAAACUCUUCGACACGAUAUGUCCUCAUAUUACAACUUCUUCAGCAAUGUUGAGUACAACCAUCCUAUCAUAUCGACGCCAUAUGUGGAUGCAUGGGGAUUAGGAAUGGUUACAUCGAUUUGUCUGCCCCUCCAUUAUACUGCAAAAUUUAAAGGAGUAGUUUGUGUCGAUAUGACAAUGGAAGACUUAAUGGAAGAUGCAACGUAUUUUACGGAUGGAGAGGGAUCGUAUACAUUUAUCAUUGACCAGGAAGAACGAACCAUGGUUCAUCCGCUACUCCCAAAACCAUAUUUGAUCGAGGACGAUCCUAUAUUUGUUCCUGUGCAUAAUAUCGAACGUGGGGCUGAAGUAAAAAGCAUUAUCGCAUCAAUGACUAGUGGAGGAAACGGUAGUAAAACAGUGACAUCACAACAAGUAUUCCCCCGGGGCGCAGCGUCUAUGGAAGGAGUUUACACUCGGACGGUCAUAUCUAAAUAUGGUUGGCGUCCGAUUGAAGGAACAAAACUGUCUUUCUGCAUGGUGAUUCCUAAAGAUGAUGUAGCAUAUGAGAUUGUUAGUAGAGGACCUCUAGAUCAGUUUUACUAUCACCGUAUUGAUAUGGAAAACUAUAAGAAGUGCAAACAUUUUGAUACAGCUGCUGCUAUUAAAGACAGGUCAACAGUUUUCUUCGCUGCAAAGACGUUCUUAGACCCCUAUAGUUUCCUCGGCAAUGUGGAAACAUACAAUAAUAUUGAGCGAUACGUCGGUUAUAUGAAGGGCAAUGGUGAAAAUCCUGGAUUCAAGCCUGACAUCCGUGAUACUGUGUCAGUCAUGAGACAUAUCGAUGACUUUUGGCGUAUGGACGAGGCUGUUCUUUGGUUAUAUAUAGGAACAGCCAAUGGCAUUUUUAAGAUGUUCCCCGGAAGUUAUCUGCAGAGGUCAUAUGAUCCUACAGUAAGACCAUGGUAUUUGAGAGCAGUGGCAAACAAGGGAAAGAUGGUGCUAUCGGCAUACGAAGAUGCUCUGGGACUUGGUUACGUUGUGACCAUGAGCUAUACAUUACACAAAGGACAAGAUGCAAGUGGGAAUGACGGGCCUUUAUUUGGCGUAAUGGGAUAUGACUUUAACUUUAAGAUAUUUUACAACAAAAUAAUUGAACGUUACCCUAAAUGCAAUGACAAACAGUACAGUUGUUUCAUAAUGGAUACAAGCGGUUUCAUACUUCUGCACAAGGAUUUUGUCGAAUGUGAUAAAAGUGACCAACAGAUUGACGGAUUACAUAUCACAGUCAAGGAGCCUGACAUAGCAAGCCAUUUGAUAUCAAAUGGAUUCAUGAAACGAGGAGCAUGUAUGGAUUUCGAUUCCAUUAAAUACUACUACACAUGGACUAUGGACUAUGAUAGGAUACAGAACGACUUCGUAGACACAAUGAAAUAUAGCGGCGAUCCUAACUACGAGUUGCACGUACUGACAGAUACAAAUGCUCUCGUUGGUAUUAAAAAGAAGCCAAAUGGUGCCAAGUCCUCAGAAUGUAAAUGUUCUUCGGCUACCAGCUACAAUAGUGCAAAAUAUCAAUGUGUUAAACUAGACAGCUCUAAUAAGUUUUGUGAGUGUCCGUGCUAUUCAAGGGCCCAGUUUGACUAUUGUAACAACGACUUUCCCAUGAGAAGUGAUGGUUACCCCACGUGUACACCAGAUAUACCACCAUUGAAAAUAACAGUUAAUAUCGACAAAGAAACAGUGCAGUCUUAUGACGCGUGUUUAAAAAUAAAUUGUUUGGACAAGGAAACCAGAAGCGAUUGUCUUCACUCUGGUGUGUGUGAAUGGAAUGACGCUGAGAAGUGUUUAGUUGCGUGUAAAGUACACACGGGCAUUAGCAACAAGCGUGUAAUAAUCGGAGGGUCUGUGGCGGGAGCAUGUGUUCUGCUGGGUAUGAUAAUCAUCAUCGUUUGUGUGGUCUGCAAAAGGAAGCAAAAGAGAAAUGUUGCUGCAAAAAGGGAAACGCAACGGGAGAAUGAACUCCAGAACUUAGAGAAUUUGAAUCGUGUUUAUGUUUUAUCUGGAUCAGAUAAUGAUGAUCCUCCACCCCCCUAUAUUUCUGGAACGCGUAACAGAUACAUGUGAUAGUACAGCAACGGAAAGCUUGAACUUCUUUGAAAUGGCAGUGGAUAAAGUACUAUCAAAUAAAGCAACACGUGUACUUUUAUUUUAUUAAUUUUUUGGAAAAUCGACAAUAGUGAAACAUUUGAGGUUUUCAGCACUCAGUUUCCAUAUAUUUUAUUUAUUUAUAUCCUAUGGAUAAUUUAUUCUUUAUUCAAGAAUCUUUUUCACCAUUCGUUACUUUUAAAGCGCAAAUGGUGAAAAGACAACGUUCAAUUCGUGAUGGCCAAAAAGUGCUGUCUUUUAUCUUUAUACUAAUUCAAAAAAUCAUUGUUUUGUUUCUCUGAGCGAUCGUACAUA